AUGAGUACCCACGAAAAUACGUAUACUACUGUAGCAACAACAACCGCGGCGAGUGUGAUUUAUACUAAUCCCGGGAUGAAUUUCGCGAAUCUUGUUCCGCCUACUUCACACCCAAGCACAAACACGAGUGACCUCCGUGAAAUUUUCCCGUCAGUUCAUCGCGUUGCCGUGCGCUUGCCAGCUUUUUGGCCUGAUGAUCCUGAAAUGUGGUUUGUUCAAAUCGAACAACAGUUCUUGCUCGCGGGAAUCACUUCUGAGGACACGAAAUUUAGUUAUGUGGCCGGGCAUCUCGAGCCAAAAUACGCCGCGGAAGUGAGAGACAUUCAGACGAAUGCCCCAUCACAAAAUAGAUAUGUAAAAUUAAAAACGGAGUUAAUAAAAAGACUUAGUGAAUCUCAAGAAAACAAAGUGAAGCGUUUACUCGAACAUGAGGAAAUCGGAGACAGAAAACCAUCGCAAUUUUUACGCCACCUGAGAUCAUAUGCUGGUUCAAUCGUUCCCGAUGAAGUGCUCCGCCCUCUAUGGUUAAGUCGCCUUCCCUCAACAAUUCAAGCAAUCUUGGUAAGCCGCUCGCAGAGUCCCUUAGACGACAUGGCUGAACUGGAAGAUGCGAUUGCCGAAACGAUUACACCUAGAGGUCGUGUGGCAGAAACGCAGGUAAACAAUCCGGAAUCUUUAGAGACAUUAAUGCAACGUAUUUGGUAUCAUAGAAAGUUCGGUGCCGAUCUUUGUGUGUUCUCGCGAUCUCGUCUACGAGGAUAUAGAAAAAAUACCGGUUACAACCUGUACGCUGCAAAUGGUUCAGUUAUUUCGACAUACGGUUUCGAAACUCUAACUCUCAAUCUCGGACUCCGUCGCGAAUUUACGUGGCAUUUCGUGGUUGCAGAUAUGACGAAACCCAUAAUCGGUGUGGAUUUUUUAUAUCACUAUGCCUUGCUAGUGGAUGUUCGGAAUCAGUGUCUAGUCGACACAGUCACUUCUCUCUCGUAUAAGGGGGCAGUUUCUCAAUGCCCUGAAGAGCUUCUCGGCAUUCGUGCAAUUUCAGGAACAUCUCCUUGGCACCAAAUUUUGAAAGAGUUCCCAGAAAUAACCCCACCUCCAGGCACUACAGUAAAACCAAAGCACUCCACAGUAUAUCGAAUAUACACGACACCAGGGCCACCCGAAGCAGAAAGUCCACGGCGAUUAGAUUUAGACAGAAGUUGGGCUUCACUACCCUACAUGAUCCCUAAGAAAGCUGAUGAAUGGCAUAUGUGUGGAGAUUAUCGAAGAUUAAAUGCCAGGACAAUCCCCGAUAAGUAUCCACUACCUCACAUCCACGACUUUUCAUACACCUUGCAUGGCAAGAAACUUUUUUCAACUAUCGAUCUUGUAAGGGCUUUCCACCAAAUACCUGUCGCUGAAGAAGAUAUUCGAAAGACGGCUGUAACGACGCCGUUUGGUAUCUUCGAGUUUCCAUGCAUGCCUUUUGGUUCACGUAAUGCCGCUCAAACUUGCCAAAGGUUCAUGGAUGAGGUACUCAGGGGCCUUGACUUCGCAUACGUGUAUAUCGAUGACAUCCUCGUAGCAUCAUCUUCAGUAGAGGAACAUGAGCAACAUCUCCGGCAACUUUUUGAUCAUCUUAAAGCUUAUGAUGUAGUGAUUAAUCCAGCAAAAUGUUCCUGGGGAGAAUCUUUUGUGAAGUUUCUGGGUUUUGAAGUUUCCGAGAAUGGCAUUAAGCCUCUCCCAGAAAAGAUCCAAGUUAUUCUUAAUUUUCCAGAACCUAAGACGGUAAAACAACUCAGGCAAUUUCUUGGAAUUUUAAAUUUUUAUAGACUCGGUAUCCCGAUGGCAGUUUUGCAACAGGCGCCUCUAAAUGAUCCUUUGAAAGUAAAUCUUUGA